AUGUCGACUCCCGCACGGAAGAGAUUGAUGAGAGAUUUUAAGAGGUUGCAGCAAGACCCACCUGCAGGCAUCAGUGGAGCACCUCAAGAUAACAACAUAAUGCUUUGGAAUGCUGUGAUUUUUGGUCCUGAUGACACUCCAUGGGAUGGAGGCACGUUUAAAUUGUCUCUUCAGUUUACUGAGGAUUAUCCAAACAAACCACCCACUGUCCGAUUUGUUUCUCGAAUGUUUCAUCCAAAUAUUUAUGCAGAUGGAAGUAUCUGUUUGGAUAUUUUACAGAAUCAGUGGAGUCCUAUAUAUGAUGUGGCAGCCAUACUCACUUCUAUACAGUCGUUGCUCUGUGACCCCAACCCCAAUUCUCCUGCAAAUUCAGAAGCUGCUCGGAUGUUCAGUGAAAACAAGCGGGAUUACAACAGGAGAGUGAGGGAAAUUGUUGAGCAGAGCUGGACAGCAGAUUAA